UGAGCAACACUCAAACUUGACAACUCUCGGCCAUUCUCUUGUCUACUACCCGAGGAGAGUCUCCCAAUGGUACCUCGUCUCUUCUCCAUUUCGCCCUUGGACUACACGUCUUGACCCGCCCCUGGUUGUCGCAAACAUCGAGGGGACCAAUCAGUUCAAUCCUACUUACGAUAUCAAAAUAAAAGAGCACGGCCGCCAAGCAAAAUUCAAGCUCCCGCUCCCGUAGUCUCGGGCCCGAAGAUCGCAAACACGCCAUAAUUAUCCAUCCAACACAUCGCAACGUCCGUUUCCUCUUCUGCAGAUCUGUCCUGUCACUGGCCACAAGCAGAUGGAUGGAUGCCUUUGCAGGUCCCUGACUCUGAUCCCUACUUAUCCACAAGCUACUUUACUGUAGAUAGGCAAGUAUCCUACUGUAGGGCUGAGAAUUCCGACAGUCCAGUCAGUCAGUACCUACAGCUGAAAGAGACUUGCAGCUCUGGGAACCCAUGAGAGUCUCUCAAAUUUGAACAAAUACGCCUCUUUCUGGGGCCUACCCCCGCUCUUCACUCGCCGCCACGUCAACACCCAACAACGCGUGGCUGUUGCUGCGUCUUCUUGUCUCAGCACACACUCGCCCGGGCCCGAAACCCUCCUUUGCCGUCGCCUAAUACCCUUGCCCGGUCCCGUGCAGGUCCGGGAUAGGAUACCCACUCCGUCGGAGUGAGAUCAUCCGGCGAUUCGGCCCUCUGACACGGUUACUGACUGGCCAUGCCCUACCCAAAUGGCAUCCCCGGUGUCCCCGGAUCGGCCCCGCAGCAGCAACAGCAGUCUCAGGCACAGCAACCUCAGGAUCCUUCCGCCAUCAAAUUAACUCGAGGGACUAGCUGUGUGCUUUGUCAACAGCGUAAGGUCCGCUGUGACAAGAACAAGCCAUGUGCCAACUGUGUAAAGGCCAAGGUUGAAUGUCGUGUUAUUCCACCCCAACCUCCUCGACGCCGGAAGAAGCGUCUCCAGGAGAAGGAUCUGAUAGAUCGGCUAAAAAAGUACGAAACCCUUCUAGCGGAGCACGGUGUCAAAGUUGAGGCCAUCGGGCAUGAAUUAAGACCAGAUGGCCCCCCAGGUGAAGAUGUCGAAGAACUUGAGAACGAUUUUGAAGGCCUGAAGACAACCCCUGAAGCUAGUUCAUCCCCUGCACCAUCUAAUUCAGAACAACGGACUGGCGGCGGUGCUUGGUUUUCUUAUCAUAAGGAGUUUCGAGCCAGUGAACACAUGCUGCAAGAUUCCUCUGAUGAUGAACCUGAAGUAGGCUCAAGUAUCCACCGUGCCUUUGAUCGAAUGUUUGACACUGAUGGGUUUCCUUUCAUCAUUGGAGCUGCCCCAGUCCCUAUUGCGAAUCUUCAUCCUUCCACAAUACACAUCUUCCAGCUCUGGCAAAUAUAUAUCGACAACAUUAAUCCCCUGCUCAAAAUAACACAUGUUCCUACGGUUCAAGCACAGAUCAUAGAGGCGAGCUCGGAUCUCGAAAACGCACCAAAGAACAUCGAGGCUCUCAUGUUCUCCAUGUACCUCAUGGCGAUCACAUCGCUUGAGGAUGCAGACGUUUACAAACGGUUCAACGAGACCAAAAAGGAGCUCCUUGCAAGAUACCAUACAGGUACGCAGCAUGCGCUGACGAAAGCCGGAUUUAUGAGAGUCAAUGAUCCUGUUCUCUUGCAGGCGUAUAUUCUUUACCUCUUUGCUGUUCGAUGGUUCGUUGACCCUCGCCAAGUAUUCUGCCUCAUUGGUCUAGCUGUCCGCAUUGCCCAGCGGAUGGGAUUUCACCGAGAUCCAGCACAGUUUGGGCUGCCGCCAUUUGAGGUUGAGCAGCGUCGCCGACUGUGGUGGACCCUUGUGGGAUAUGAUCGACGGCUUGGAGAGAUGGCAGGAUCAACAGUAACUGCUCUCUCGACUGGUGGUGACUGCAAGAUCCCCAUGAAUGUCAACGACUCGGAUUUACAUGUUGACGGUAAGGAGUUACCCACACCACACUCUGGACCAACCGAGAUGCUCUUUUCUCUUACGAGAGUCGAGCUUGCUAUGGCGGUUUCAAGCGAUAGUAAUCGCGACAGCUACAAAAUGAACAACACAGACAAAAGUCCUGCUGGGACACCCGCUUCCAAGAACCAAGCUACCAUCCGUCUUGCUGGUCAAGACGGCCCUGCCUAUACGCUCGAUGGUUUCUGUGCACACAUAGAAGGCACUUACCUGAGCCAAUGCGACCCUAAGAUCCCCCUACACUUCUUUACCCUUACCAUGACCCGUCAAGCUAUGUGCAAGAUGCGAAUCAUUAGCUUCCUUGUUCGAAUGCAUAGCAAUGACGACAAUCUACCCCUUAAAGACGUUGAACGCGACAGCCUCUUCUUGCAAGCCACGCAAAUGAUCGAAUACGACAACGUCGUCCAGUCAUCCGAGUCCCUCCGGCCCUUCAAAUGGUACUCUAUGCACCACUUCCCCUUUCCCGCUUACAUGUUUCUUGUCCAGGAAUUACGCCACCGCGUCUCUGGCCCAAUGGUAGAGCGAGCAUGGGAUGCCAUCGAAAAGAAUCAUGACCUCCGUGGACUUCUCAAUAACUACCACAAUCCUAUGCAUAUGGCUUUUGGUGGCCAUUUUAUCAAAGCCUGGGAUGCACAUGAAGCUGCCUUGGUAGCUGCUGGCAGACAAGUCCACAGGCCAGCUUUCCUAGGACCUUUGCGUGAGCGUGUAGCAGCUCGCCGGCGAGCAAAACAGGCCAAUCGACCUUUUCCGAAUCCUCCCCAGCCUCCAGCCGGCGUCCCGCAUUCUCAGAUCACGACGCCCUCUUCCAGUGGGUUUGCCCCAUCUGUUGGCCACAUGACGCCUGGAACUGUACACCACGGCCAACGUGCAAACUCGGGCUCCGUUGCCUCCAGCGACGAGCCUGGCGAGAUGGACUGGACUUAUAUGAUGUCUGGUUACAAUGACACUUCAAGUUUUACCCCCAUGGGCGGAUUUGGCAGCUUCAGUGGUGGCUUUGGCGGGGGUAUGCCUGGUAUGCCACCUGGGAUGGGAGGUAUGGGGCGCCCUCCGACUGGUAAUUCUCCAGGUGGUCGUAUGUAUGGUGGGAAUUAAGGCACCACGAGUAGUGAUGUGAUAUAAUAUACGAGCGCCAUCGUUCUUCUGUUUGUUUGCUUUGCCUCUUUCAAGUGGAGUGCUUUAUCUUGGAUGUUGUUCACAUGAUAGUAUUUGAACAUGAUACAGUAUACCGGUAUCUAACAUUCUAUUCCCCCU